AUUUCUUUUAAAUCCGCCAACACAGAGAAGUUGCAAGCCUGUGGAAGUGAUGUGCGAUAGAGCUUUCGUGUUUAGGUUGAGGUUAAACAUUUUUAUUGCCAAGUGUACAAGCUCUGAUACGUUGCUGAACACUUGGACGUGUUUCUGUGCAAUUUCUUGGACGGAAUUCCUGGGCUGUAGACUUCCCGAGCAGAGCAGGAUCGACUAGCAGCGAUAUUGGGAACGCUCGUCUAAUCAGGUGAUGCGUGGCACCAUAAGGAUAGUUUGCAAACUUCUACUGACUGCGGUUCUGCUGAAUCAACACAGCAACCAGACAGACAUGUUCUGCUUCAGAGUGGACAAGGACUCAGAGGUGAUCUGUACCUGGAGCCCAAUCCAUAACACCUGGAAGACCACUGAGUACAUGUUCCACUUGGAAAUAAAGAGCAGUUCCACCCACAGCAAUAAGCCGCUUCGUAUUCCGACCCUCUUGCCUUCAGUGGCCCUAGAAAGGAAGAUCCUCUCUGCGGGCAAGUGCUACGUUGCCUGGGUAGAAGUCAACAACACACAGCUAUCAAGUCUGGAAUUCAUCAUCGAAGACAUAGUGAAACCCCAGCCUCCAGUUAGUGUGUCCGCCAAAACCGAUGGUCCCACGAAUAUAGCGAUUGACUGGACGAAACCUGCCAACCUUGACCAAUUCGUCAGUAUGCAGUAUGAGCUUCAGUACAGAUUGGCAGGCCAGCAAAAUUGGAGUGAGGUUUCAGAUGAUGAAGUUGGAGUCCAUGCAGUAGGCUAUGUUCUGGAAGAUCUACAACCAUUCACAAAGUAUGAAUUCCGCGUCCGAUGUGGGCGAGAGGGAGAAACAAACCGGAAACUGUGGAGUGAUUGGAGUGCAGUGACUGGUGCCAUGACCGAAGAAGCCAAACCUGUCGGCGUUCUCGAUGUGUGGUUCAUGCAAGGAGGACCAAGAUCUAUUACCCUGCUGUGGAAGCCUCUUGAACAACAUCAAGCAAGAGGAAAAAUUCAGCGAUACUCUGUGAAUUAUACUCUCCAACGGGAUGGAGAAAAAAUUAGCAAAGCGAAGAUCACCGCCUACCGUAACAUCACCCUUUCUGAGACCACUCAGCUUGUCAACGUCAGUGCAUACAACUCUGUUGGAGCUACAGACCCGGCCACACUCAAUCUGGUUCAAGAUCAGUUACCUGUGUUGAACAUAACUGUUCUCAACUACAAUGACCAGGUUCACGUGUGCUGGGUGAAAUCAGCCAAGAACGUGCUUGGGUUUGUGGUGGAAUGGGUGAACAUGAACUUGCCUGAAAAUCCACCAGAAUGGAGGAAAAUUCCAGCACUAGAUGAAUGCAUGGAUCUGAAACAUGAUGUUCUUCAGGCCCGGAUUCCAUACAAAGUCUCAGUGUACACUCAAUAUCAGAUUGGUCUGGGUAGGCCAGUAUCUACCGUCAUCUACACAAAAGAAGGAGUGCCUCUCACAGGACCCCAGGUCUCAAUAUAUAACAUUUCUCAGACUUCAGCCACACUGUUAUGGGAGAAUGUUCCCCUGAGCCUCCGCCAAGGGUUUAUUCUUUACUACACUCUGUGUUACGUAAAGAAUCCACAGGAAGACUGCAGGCAGAAAGUUCUCAAUAUAAGCUCUGCAUUAAAUAACUUCACAUUAUUGAACUUGGAGCCUGCGAGCACCUACACAAUCUGGAUGGUAGCUUCCACUCGCAUAGGAGAAGGCAUGAGCGGACCACACCUCAAACUGAAGACAGGAGCUUCACAUAUUAUACCCUGGAAGCAUAGUAUCCUGGUACUCGUGACCUUGGUUGUUAUUGUUCUUUGCAUCACUGGAAUAUGCUGCUUUCAUCAAAGGCUAAAACGCCUUGUCUCCAUGUUAAUACCUCAGUGGUGCUGCCAGAGAAUCCCAGAUCCUAAAAUCAUCCGUGCUCUGCUCCAGCAGAAUCAUACCACUCCUAAACAUUUUACUAUGAUUGAGAGUGAUCCAGAAAUCAUUAAAGUGGAAGAGAUUAUACCUGAGAUCAUGAUGCAGCUACCUCUGGAAAUCAGGAAGAGCUCAAAUGCUGAAGAUAUGUUUCGGCCCAACAGCCCCACACUAACUGAAGGCAAGAGCUCAAAUGCUGAAGAAAAGUUUCGGCCCAACAGCCUCACACUGACAGAAGCCAACAGUUCAAAAUCUGAAGAUCUGUUUUGGCCAAGCACGCCAACUCGGGAGGUAGACAACUCUCCACAGGUCUCCAUUCAUUCACAUAAAGAAUUUGGACUAAAGCCAAUCAGCACAGAAUUACCAGGAGCAGGAAGAACCUGCAAUACCUCAGGCUAUGAGAAACACUUUAUACCAUCGCCAGAACAACUGCUUGAAGAUGGAUGGCAAUUAGACAAUAAAGCGCAAUGGCUAGGAUUGGUGGAAUCCCAACAAUGAAGUUUAACCUUCAAGGUGCCUGGAGAACUUGAUCAACCUGCACAUUAUUUCAGAGUUACUCAUGACUCACUUUACAGUACAUUUGUAUGUGACAGUAUCUGUGAAGUUCAGGAUCACUCAGUUGUUCCUCGCUAAAUUCAGCUGAGCAAGGAACUGAUACUGGGAUCCCAAGGCCUGAGUGGCUCCAAUUCAUUGGCAGCUGUUUAAUGGUUAAUGCAAUAAAGCCAGAAUAGAACAUUGUAAAUAAGUCAUUUUCCUAAACUUGAUGUUCAGCCAAUA